AUGGUCAAGGUUCGCGUACAUCCUAGAAUUGAGGUGACGAAGUGGAGUUUAUAUCAUAACUCAAGCCUCUCCACGAAAACGUUGAUUCUAGAUGACGUAGAACUCAAUUUCCCAAAGCAAGCCACAGUGCACGAAAUUUCUCAGUCUAGUUGGCAAUAUAUUCAGAAAUGUGAGACCACAUGUUUACAUCUCAUGGCUGAUAAGAAUCUCGUAGAUUACGGCAUUCAGAAAGAUGUCAACUUGGUCACAAUACGACGACUCUUUGUCGUCGAAGGUGAGCUUCAUUAA